AUGGUCGCAUCAUCGAUGGUGGAAAAACUUGGCUUGCCUACCCAAGAUCACCUGACACCGUACCAGCUAACAUGGCUAAAGAAGGGCCAUCUCGUCAAAGUUACUCACAAGUGCCUAGUACAAUUUUCGAUUGGAAACAAAUAUACGGAUGAGCUUUGGUGUGAGGUUAUCCCCAUGGACGCGUGUCACGUCCUCUUGGGCCGUCCAUGGCUAUACGAUCGGCGCGUAAACCACGACGGGUUUCGAAACACAUAUUCUUUAAAAAAAAAAGACGGUCUCCACAUUACCGUUGCACCUCUCAACCCCAUGGAAGAACUUUCUAAUGUUCCUACAAUCACCAAAUCUGAAUUCACAGGUCUUGUUAGAGAUCUACAUGAUCCGACAGUUUUUGGCCUCUUCGUGCUGGAAGAAAAUGAGACUACAGUGGACAUCCCCGUCCCUCUGCGUCCCCUCGUGGAUGAAUUUCUGGAUGUUUUUCCAGAAGAUAUUCCGGCGGGACUACCUUUGAUGCGUGACAUACAACAUUGUAUUGAUUUUGUGCCCGGUGCCAACAUCCCGCACAAACCAGCGUACCGCAUGAACCCAAAAGAAUUUUCUGAAUUACAUCGCCAAGUCCUUGACUUACUAGAAAAGGGACUUAUAAGAGAAAGUAUGAGCCCUUGUGCAGUACCCUCCUUGCUCGUUCCCAAACCGAAUGGCACAUUUUGA